AUGGAAAUUAGUAAAUUAUUAAAUCCAGAGAGGGGUGCUUCUACAAUCUCAACAAUAAAUAGAAAUAUUGGUGUCGAUCGGAAUCAGUUUGUUAUCAAUGGAGAGAAUCAAUAUAUUGGUAUGGUCACUAUUCCACAAGAGUUCAGACCAGAUUCUACUGAAAGACCUUUCAAAGAGUCAAAAUCUACCGUUGAAAAAUAA